GGGGGGGGGUGGAUUGAGCGCCGGCGGACCCCCGCCCUGGGCCGCUUCUCGCCCCCGCGAGUCUGCGUGAGAGAGAGGGAACGGGGGGGCACCCGGGGCUGAGCCGGGGGGCGUCUGGCCGCAGCCACCGGUUACCGCCCGGUUACCGCCGCGGCAGCGCGGCCGAGUCUGUCUGUGGGUCUGGGAGCUCCUGGCACUCCCUGGGGACAAUGGAUGGCUCGGAUAUUGGAGCACAGAGGGACAGAGUGGUGACCGAGGAGGAAUGGCUGCAAAAAUGGGAAAUGGGGAACAUCGGGUUUCACAAGGAGCAAGGACAUCCGCUCUUCCAGAAGUACCUGGAUGUUCUUUUAAAUGGCAGGAGUGGACUGAGGAUAUUUUUCCCACUUUGUGGUAAAGCGGUAGAGAUGAAAUGGCUGGUGGACAUGGGACACAACGUUGUUGGUGUGGAAGUCAGUGAGCAAGCGCUGAAGGAAUUUUUUUCAGACUAUGGACUGCCUUAUUGCGAGCAGCCAGUCCCAGAGAUUUCGGGAGCAAAAAAGCUGCAGAGUACCUGUGGUAACAUUUCUCUCUACUGCUGCAGUAUUUAUGACUUGUCCAGCUCAAUACUUGGCAAGUUUGAUGGGGUUUGGGAUAGAGGAGCUUUAGUAGCUGUGAAUCCAUGCGACAGACAACGCUAUGUCAGUUUGAUGAUCAGCCUAAUGGAGAAAAAUUCUUCUUACCUCCUUGUUACGGUUUCAUACGAUCCAAACAAACACAAAGGUCCACCAUUUUAUGUUCCUGAAUCUGAAAUUAAAAGCUUGUUUGGCAACCACUGUGAAAUUAAGUGUCUUGAAAAAGUCGAUGAUUUCUCAGACAGACACAGACAAUGGGGACUAGAUUAUUUUCUGGAGGUGCUGUAUGUAUUGAAGUUUGUAGCCUGAUUAAAAUUAAUUGAAAUAA